CAGUGCCAGUGUGUGUUCCCGGAGCCAAACGGCUCUUUCGGAUUCAUCGGAGGCACUCGCGUAAAUGUGCGGCCUGCAGCUUCAAUGAAGGCGUCGUAGACUGGAGCAUCUUUAGUCUUGGUAGAUCUACGUGCUCGGCGAACUUCUGUGGGAAUUAAAAGAGACCAGAGGAAUAGAAUGCCCUAAAAGAUGAUUUAUAGCAAUCAAGGAUUUCUAAGGGAUAUGCUAUACGUGGCCCUCCAACCUCCUACAGCAAGUGCUAAGAAAGUGCCAUGGCUACACGACGAAGACAUCGUUGCUCCUCAUCCCACGAAUCCGACUAGGAAUGACAUAGACACAACAUCCUCACACCAAGACGUCAACAAAAACAGAAUAGUCCCGGAAGCAACGUCGCCCUUCGACUUCAUCAACCAGUCGAAGAGUUUCUUUAAUCCUACGAACCACAACAACUUGUCUCAUCAUCACCACCCAACAGUCCGGCCACAGCAACCGCCCGUGAUAUUCAGGGACCCGCUGGUAGGGUGCUACACCUCCGCUCGUUUCGAAAUCCGCUACGAAACCGUCGACGGCAGAGCGAUCGGUCUAGAUGACGGUAACAAGCAACUCAUCCUGGGCAGUCUCCCCUCGGCGUCGAGGAAGAGCUUCGAUCUCCUCCUCGCCCCCUCGCUUGCUUCACCUUUCGACGUGGAUGAUAAUAUAUCGGAUCCAGACCAAAGUAGCAACGAAGAAGAAGUCGUUAAACCCGAGCCACCCAAGAAGAGGGGACCUGGGAGACCGAGGAAACCAGAAAACGAGCUCAAGAAGAAGAGAAAGAAGACUGGUCGCUUGUGGGAAUUCAUCAGGAAUUUGUUGCUGGACCCGGAGACCUGUCCGUCUCUGGUGGAAUGGGACGACCCAGAGCAAGGCGUAUUCAGAUUUGUCGAGGCUAAGAAAGUGGCCCAGAGAUGGGGUCAGCGCAAUCAGAACCGGAACAUGAACUACGAAAAAUUGAGCAGAGCGAUGCGGUACUAUUACAAACAGCGCGUUUUCGAGCCAGUCAUAGGAAGACGUCUUGUGUACAAGUUCGGCAAGAACGCCAAGGGCUGGCAAUCUUGA